GAGCUGAAGGCAGAUAAGAACUUGGAGAAGGAGAGGAGAAGGCCUGGUUGUGCUGCUCAGAGCAGCAGCUAGCUUCUCUGCACAUGAAAGAGGAGAUGAUCAAGGGAGAGAAGCAGCUUGGAACCCAUGAAGAGCGGCUAAAAGACGAGGUUAGAAAAGAUGGGAAUCAGAUUUCAGAUGGCAAUUUUUUCAAGUCCUUACGGAACAUAUCAAGCACAAAGGAGGAGGGUCAGGACGAUAAGCUCGCAUCAACAAGGGAAGAAAUGGGUGAAGUACGAGAAGAGAACGAGAGGCUCAAGACGUUGCUAUCACGAAUCUCACAGGACUACAGAUCUCUUCAGAUGCACUUCUACGACGCUCUUCAGCAAGGCAAGGCCAAGAAGCUCCCAGAUCACCCUCCGACCACCUUGAAUGCCGACACCGAGGAGCAUGAAUUCGUUUCGUUAAGCCUCGGCAUGAGCACGAGCAAACACAAGAAUGAAGACAGGAGUACCAUCGGUGAAGUCAAAAGGAGUACUGAAGAUUUUCUGAAGAUCAAGGAAGGAGGCCUCUCUCUGGGAUUAUCAGACCGCAGAGCUGGUGCCAAUAAUACCACUGACAGGGUACACCAGGAUGUGAUGACAUUGAGCCCUGAAGGCAGCUUUGAGGAUGCAAAGGACGACACCGCAGAGACCACGGAGCAAUGGCCACCAAGCAAAAUGCUGAAGAACUUGAGAAGCGUCGGCGCGGAAGCCGAGGAUGACAUAGCUCCUCAGCCACAGGUCAAGAAGGCUAGGGUUUCAGUGAGGGCGAGAUGUGAUGCACCGACGAUGAAUGAUGGGUGCCAGUGGAGGAAGUAUGGGCAGAAGAUUGCGAAGGGUAACCCAUGCCCGCGCGCCUACUAUCGAUGCACGGUGGCAGCAGGAUGCCCAGUCAGGAAGCAGGUGCAACGGUGCGCAGAUGACAUGUCCAUCCUCAUCACCACCUAUGAGGGCACGCACAACCACCCGCUCUCCGUCUCCGCCACCGCCAUGGCCUCCACCACCUCCGCCGCCGCCUCCAUGCUCAUCUCGGGCUCCUCCUCCUCCACCUCUCUCGGCCCCUACGCCGCCGCGCCAUCGCCGGCCCUCGGCUUCGCGGCCACGGUAGACGCCGCCAGGCCUGGUGGUGGUGGCGUCGGCGCCCGGCCGUUCUUCCUCCCGCACGCCGCCGCGUCCAUCACCUCCACCCCUUCCUACCCCACCAUCACCCUCGACCUCACCUCGCCGGCCACCUCGCAGGGGGCCUUCUCCCUCAGCAACAGGUUCUCCUCGAGCUUCGCGAGCUCGCACGCCGCCAGGUACCCUUCCACCGGCUUCACCUUCUCCGGCGGCUCCGGCCCGAGCAGCACCCCAUGGCCGGGGUACCUGAGCUAUGGAGCGUCACUAGCCGCUCAUCCGUACAACGGCGGCGGCAAGGGCUCGCCGUUCGAGGCUGCACUGAGAAGCAUCAAUGGAAGGCACGGCGGUGGUGGCGCCGGCGGCGCACAGGCUGGCUCGCCGCUCUACCAGAUGCAGCAGAAGGCGGUUUCCGGCGCGGCGGCGGCGGCGCCGGGCGUGCUCACCGACACGAUCGCGAAGGCGAUCACGGCGGACCCGAGCUUCCACACGGCGCUGGCGGCCGCCAUCACGUCGUAUGUCGGCACGAAGGGUGCCGGCGCGCCGGCGUCGGGAGGAGACGACGACAGCAAGGUGGGGCUCAAGUGGGGUGAGCAUCUCGGGCUGGGGCUGGCACAGUCGUCGCCGUCGUCAACGACGGCGGCGGCGGCACAGAGCUCGAGCAGCCAGAUGUUCUUGCAGCCGUCGCUGGGGUUAUCAGGAUCGACGACGAGUGCGUCGACGUCUCCUGUGACGAACAGAGAGCAAGCACAUUAAUUAGCUGAAGAUAAUAUAUAUACAUAGUAUGCAGAUAUGCUCAUCCAUAUUCAUUGGGACAUUUUUGGGAUUUAAUCCUUUGGUGUAGAUAUGCAGGAUGAUACUUGUGUCAGAAUGUUAAUUAGUGUGUGUCACAGGAGGGGAAUUAUCUUGAUUUAUAGGAUACAGAAAAUGUUUUGAUUAACUGUAAACAUGUAAUUGUGUUUUAUUUCCAUUUCAUUUUUAUGAGUUAGCAAAAGAUGAAUGGACAUAUUAUACAUGAACAAAUAAGUGACUCAAACAAUACA